AUGAUUGAAGUAGUCAGAUAUACAUCAGAUUUCAAGCAGUUUGCUUCAUCGCUAUAUAUGGAUUCAUCAACAGCAAUUCCGGAUGGUUUUUAUGCAACUACCGGUGGCGUGUCACGACAAAAUGCAACCGAUGAAGAUAUCAAUCAUACCAGUACUUUACUUCAAAUCCCACUUAAAUUUGAUCAGGGAACGGAUGCUAUUAAAACAGAAGGAAAACGAUCCAUAAAAAAACAGAAACAUGGAAGAAGAGAAAAAAUUCCGGAAGGUACGUUGUGUGUUGUUUGCUCGGAUUUGGCCAGCGGUAUCCAUUAUUCGGUUGCUAGUUGCAACGGCUGCAAAACAUUUUUCCGACGUGCGCUUGUGAAUAAGCAAGCUUUCCAAUGCCAGUUUUCCGACGAUUGCAUCGUUGAUAAAUCUGUACGAUGUGGUUGUCGAAGUUGCCGACUGAAAAAAUGCUUCGAAAUGGGAAUGGAUCCAAAUGCUAUCCAACACGACAGGGAUAAGAUCCGUUAUACCAAACGUUUGAAAAAGAUGAAAGAUGAGAAACCGUGUGUUGGCAGAGAUAUUCUUAAUGGAAAGCCGAUGAGGGAGGAAGGAGAAAACAGUCCCCAAAGCACUCUUUCUCUCGAUGACGCAAUUGCAAGUCCAUCAUCGAAUUUUGCCGGGCAGAGUUUGGGACCAAGCAGUAACGGACCAUAUCUUGAUCACGAUAUUCAAGAUGUACAAACUGAAAUGUCUGGUCUGCUUUCCGAUCUCUUAAGUUUGGAGCACAAACUCGACAGCGUUCGUUAUUCCAACAAAUUUCCUCCUCAUACUUCCGCUGCAUCAUGCAUGUACGAUAGACGACUUCUGGAUGACGAAGCUUGGCUUUCGGCUUAUACAGUUCCAGUGCAACCUGUUACAACUCCAAUGCCUUGUGAUCGUGGAAAUAUGCGUGCGUGGUUUGUGAAAGACCUAACAUUAAUGAUUGAAUGGGCAAAAUGUAUUCCACAAAUGAGACAACUUCUGCUUAACGAUAAGCUGGCAUUGAUUAAGGCAUUUGCACCUAUCUACCCACUCAUUCAAUUAGCUUAUUAUUCAUGCAAAUAUGAAAAAAAUCAGUCCAUAAACAAUUCUUUGGGAAAUUUGUUAGCAACUUCGCCAAGGUCGAGUACAGGGUUAUCAAUUGAAUCUAACGGGACAGUUGAUGAAGCUGUGAAGGUUGAACGAUUGUGGUAUCCAGAUGGACGUUUUCUGGAAAGGGAAGAUAUAGACGAGAGUAACACAUUCAAUAGUGGAAAGAAAAUUCUGCCGAUAAAUGCUCUACUCAUUGAUGGCGUAUGUCAGCAAAUUUUGCGGCUCAGACUUUCUGACAGUCAUAUGGUUUUGUAUAAAAUUAUGUUGUUUUUCAACCCAGAUGCUGAUGGAUUGUCUGUAAGAGGAAGGGCAACCGUGGGAAUAGAAAGGACAAAAUUUUUAAAUUAUCUAUACGCUCAGAUCAUACGUGAUCGUGUAGGACGACAAGCCACCGAGCUCUAUUCUAACAUCCUCAUGAUGACAUCCACUCUUAUUCGUGUUGCCUCGUAUUUGAAACGUACCUUCGACAUAUCACACAUAUUCGGUCCCGCAGACGAUUUGAUUGAUCAGCUGAUUAUUGUUGGCUUAUGA